UGUGCAAUGUUGUGGAAUCAUUUCUCCGAAUACAUUUUACACAGACACACUAGAACCGUGGUAUCCUCGCUUUUACUUUGAAAAUCUAAUCUUCCGGUGUCAAAAUAUGACCCAAAAAACGUUGUUUGUUUACGUUAUCGGUCUUGGUUUUUUAAUAGUAUUUUUUAAAUGAAAUUUAAAAAUAAAGUAGUAUUUGUUUUGGUUUUCCAUUUUAAUUCAUGAAACAAACAUUUUCUGACCAAAACAAACACUGAAAACAGGCAUGGCGACCAUCACCCACCAUGCUUUGCGAGAUCACGUGACCUUUCAAGUUAAACAAUAUCUUGUCCAGACUUCUGACAUACACGAGCAGCUAACAGCUAACAGCCUACAGUGUACAGUAUACAGUGUAAAGUGCACAGUAUACAGUGUACAGUACACUGUAUAAAGUGUACAGUAUAAAGUGUACAGUGUACAGUAAAGCGAGAGAAGCCAAAGACUUUAAAGAAUAGAAGGUUUGCACCGCGACUAUGGCAGGCAGCAGGGUGAUGAAGGCUAUCCGGGUGAGCGAGUUCGGAGCUCCGUCUGUCCUCAAACUACACACCGACCUCAAAGUCCCUCAACCCGGGAAAAGUCAGGUGUUAAUUGGAGUGCGUGCGUGCGGAGUGAACCCGGUGGAGACGUACAUCCGAGCUGGGACAUUCGGCCGCCAGCCCGCUCUGCCAUACACACCUGGCACUGACGUAGCUGGGGUGGUGGAGAGUGUGGGAGAUGGUGUCACAGCAGUCAAGGCCGGAGACCGUGUUUUUACCACGGCCUGCGAGUCUGGAGGGUAUGCAGAAUUUGCGCUAGCCACAGAGGAGAGUGUCCACAAACUGCCGGACACUUUGGACUUCAGACAGGGAGCGGCCAUCGGCAUCCCGUACUUCACCGCCUACAGAGCUCUGGUUCACAAGGCCCACGUGAAGCCUGGAGAGACCGUCCUCAUCCAUGGAGCCAGUGGAGGGGUGGGCUUGGCGGCGUGCCAGCUGGCACGUGUCCUGGGCCUCAGGGUGUUGGGCACCGCAGGGACCAAAGAGGGAAUGGAGCUGGUCGCCAGAAAUGGAGCUCACCUGACGUUUAAUCACCGAGAGAAGGACUAUACCAGCCAAAUCAUGGAAGCCACAGGACGACAGGGAGUGGACGUGAUCGUAGAAAUGUUGUGUAAUGUCAACCUGAAGAAAGAUCUCCAGAUGUUGGCGCCUGCAGGACGUGUGGCGGUGGUGGGCUCCAGAGGCCCCAUUGAAGUGGACCCCAGGGACACCAUGACCAAAGAGACCAGCAUCAUUGGAGUCGCUCUCUUCUUCUCUACUGCGGCAGAGAGGCAGGAGUGUGCAUCACUGUUGUACGCGGGCAUGGAAGCUGGAUGGUUGAGUCCGGUGGUGGGUGCCCAGUACCCUCUGGACCAGGCCGCCCGGGCACACCUGGACAUCAUCCAGUCUACUGGGGCCACUGGGAAGAUAGUCCUCAUCAUGUGAUCUCAUGUUGACCUGGGAUCAAGAUGGUCCUCACCAUGUGAUCUCAUGUUGACCUGGGAUCAAGAUAGUCCUCAUCAUGUGAUCUCAUGUUGACCUGGGAUCAAGAUGGUCCUCAUCAUGUGAUCUCAUGUUGACCUGGGAUCAAGAUGGUCCUCACCAUGUGAUCUCAUGUUGACCUGGGAUCAAGAUGGUCCUCAUCAUGUGAUCUCAUGUUGACCUGGGAUCAAGAUGGUCCUCAUCAUGUGAUCUCAUGUUGACCUGGGAUCAAGAUGGUCCUCAUCAUGUGAUCUCAUGUUGACCUGGGAUCAAGAUGGUCCUCACCAUGUGAUCUCAUGUUGACCUGGGAUCAAGAUGGUCCUCACCAUGUGAUCUCAUGUUGACCUGGGAUCAAGAUGGUCCUCACCAAGGAUCAAGAGGGUCCUGACCAUGUGAUGUCAUUAUUUACCAAAGAAGGUUGAAAGGUGGUUGAUGUGAUGUUGUGUGUUGUUGUCAUGGUGAUCAUCUUUCUAGAAGUCUGGAAAUAAUCAUCUUUCUUACUAAACAUCUUUAUUUUUUAUAUUGGGACAAAAGUGGCAAAGACUUGCAUAUAUGUUCUAUAUCAUGUGAUGAUGCAACAUAUGUUCUAUAUCAUGUGAUGAUGCAACAUAUGUUCUAUAUGAUGUGAUGAUGCAACAUAUGUUCAAUAUCAUGUGAUGAUGCAACAUAUGUUCUAUAUCAUGUGAUGAUGCAACAUAUGUUCUAUAUCAUGUGAUGAUGCAACAUAUGUUCUAUAUGAUGUGAUGAUGCAACAUAUGUUCAAUAUCAUGUGAUGAUGCAACAUAUGUUCAAUAUCAUGUGAUGAUGCAACAUAUGUUCUAUAUCAUGUGAUGAUGCAACAUAUGUUCAAUAUCAUGUGAUGAUGCAACAUAUGUUCUAUAUCAUGUGAUGAUGCAACAUAUGUUCAAUAUCAUGUGAUGAUGCAACAUAUGUUCAAUAUCAUGUGAUGAUGCAACAUAUCUUCAAUAUCAUGUGAUGAUGCAACAUAUGUUCAAUAUCAUGUGAUGAUGCAACAUAUGUUCAAUAUCAUGUGAUGAUGUAACAUAUGUUCAAUUUGAUGUGAUGAUGCAACAUAUGUUCAAUAUCAUGUGAUGAUGCAACAUAUGUUCAAUAUCAUGUGAUGAUGCAACAUAUGUUCAAUAUCAUGUGAUGAUGCAACAUAUGUUCUAUAUCAUGUGAUGAUGCAACAUAUGUUCAAUAUCAUGUGAUGAUGCAACAUAUGUUCAAUAUCAUGUGAUGAUGCAACAUAUGUUCUAUAUCAUGUGAUGAUGCAACAUAUGUUCUAUAUCAUGUGAUGAUGCAACAUAUGUUCAAUAUCAUGUGAUGAUGCAACAUAUGUUCAAUAUCAUGUGAUGAUGCAACAUAUCUUCAAUAUCAUGUGAUGAUGCAACAUAUGUUCAAUAUCAUGUGAUGAUGCAACAUAUGUUCAAUAUCAUGUGAUGAUGUAACAUAUGUUCAAUUUGAUGUGAUGAUGCAACAUAUGUUCAAUAUCAUGUGAUGAUGCAACAUAUGUUCAAUAUCAUGUGAUGAUGCAACAUAUGUUCAAUAUCAUGUGAUGAUGCAACAUAUGUUCUAUAUCAUGUGAUGAUGCAACAUAUGUUCAAUAUCAUGUGAUGAUGCAACAUAUGUUCAAUAUCAUGUGAUGAUGUAACAUAUGUUCAAUUUGAUGUGAUGAUGCAACAUAUGUUCAAUAUCAUGUGAUGAUGCAACAUAUGUUCAAUAUCAUGUGAUGAUGCAACAUAUGUUCAAUAUCAUGUGAUGAUGCAACAUAUGUUCAAUAUCAUGUGAUGAUGCAACAUAUGUUCUAUAUCAUGUGAUGAUGCAACAUAUGUUCAAUAUCAUGUGAUGAUGCAACAUAUGUUCAAUAUCAUGUGAUGAUGCAACAUAUCUUCAAUAUCAUGUGAUGAUGCAACAUAUGUUCAAUAUCAUGUGAUGAUGCAACAUAUGUUCAAUAUCAUGUGAUGAUGCAACAUAUGUUCAAUAUCAUGUGAUGAUGUAACAUAUGUUCAAUUUGAUGUGAUGAUGCAACAUAUGUUCAAUAUCAUGUGAUGAUGCAACAUAUGUUCAAUAUCAUGUGAUGAGGCAACAUAUGUUCAAUAUCAUGUGAUGAUGCAACAUAUGUUCAAUAUCAUGUGAUGAUGCAACAUAUGUUCAAUUUGAUGUGAUGAUGUAACAUAUGUUCAAUUUGAUGUGAUGAUGCAACAUAUGUUCAAUAUCAUGUGAUGAUGCAACAUAUGUUCAAUAUCAUGUGAUGAGGCAACAUAUGUUCAAUAUCAUGUGAUGAUGCAACAUAUGUUCAAUAUCAUGUGAUGAUGCAACAUAUGUUCAAUAUCAUGUGAUGAUGUAACAUAUGUUCAAUUUGAUGUGAUGAUGCAACAUAUGUUCAAUAUCAUGUGAUGAUGCAACAUAUGUUCAAUAUCAUGUGAUGAGGCAACAUAUGUUCAAUAUCAUGUGAUGAUGCAACAUAUGUUCAAUAUCAUGUGAUGAUGCAACAUAUGUUCAAUAUCAUGUGAUGAUGCAACAUAUGUUCAAUAUCAUGUGAUGAUGCAACAUAUGUUCAAUUUGAUGUGAUGAUGCAACAUAUGUUCAAUAUCAUGUGAUGAUGCAACUAUUGUUCAAUCUGAUGUGAUGAUGCAACAUAUGUUCAAUAUGAUGUGAUGAUGCAACAUAUGUUCAAUAUGAUGUGAUGAUGCAACAUAUGUUCAAUAUGAUGUGAUGAUGCAACAUAUGUUCAAUAUGAUGUGAUGAUGCAACUAUUGUUCAAUCUGAUGUGAUGAUGCAACAUAUGUUCAAUAUCAUGUGAUGAUGCAACAUAUGUUCAAUAUGAUGUGAUGAUGCAACAUAUGUUCAAUAUGAUGUGAUGAUGCAACAUAUGUUCAAUAUGAUGUGAUGAUGCAACUAUUGUUCAAUCUGAUGUGAUGAUGCAACAUAUGUUCAAUAUCAUGUGACGAUGCAACAUAUGUUCAAUAUCAUGUGACGAUGCAACAUAUGUUCAAUAUCAUGUGAUGAUGCAACAUAUCUUCAAUAUCAUGUGAUGAUGCAACAUAUCUUCAAUAUCAUGUGACGAUGCAACAUAUGUUCAAUAUCAUGUGAUGAUGCAACAUAUCUUCAAUAUCAUGUGAUGAUGCAACAUAUGUUCAAUAUCAUGUGAUGAUGCAACUAUUGUUCAAUCUGAUGUGAUGAUGCAACAUAUGUUCAAUAUGAUGUGAUGAUGCAACAUAUGUUCAAUAUGAUGUGAUGAUGCAACAUAUCUUCAAUAUCAUGUGAUGAUGCAACAUAUGUUCAAUAUCAUGUGAUGAUGCAACAUAUCUUCAAUAUCAUGUGAUGAUGCAACAUAUGUUCAAUAUCAUGUGAUGAUGCAACUAUUGUUCAAUCUGAUGUGAUGAUGCAACAUAUGUUCAAUAUCAUGUGAUGAUGCAACAUAUGUUCACUAUGAUGUGAUGAUGCAACAUAUGUUCAAUAUCAUGUGAUGAUGCAACAUAUGUUCAAUAUCAUGUGAUGAUGCAACAUAUGUUCAAUAUCAUGUGAUGAUGCAACAUAUGUUCUAUAUCAUGUGAUGAUGCAACAUAUGUUCAAUAUCAUGUGAUGAUGCAACAUAUGUUCAAUAUCAUGUGAUGAUGCAACAUAUGUUCUAUAUGAUGUGAUGAUGCAACAUAUGUUCUAUAUGAUGUGAUGAUGCAACAUAUGUUCAAUUUGAUGUGAUGAUGCAACAUAUGUUCAAUAUCAUGUGAUGAUGCAACAUAUGUUCUAUAUCAUGUGAUGAUGCAACAUAUGUUCUAUAUCAUGUGAUGAUGCAACAUAUGUUCAAUAUCAUGUGAUGAUGCAACAUAUGUUCUAUAUCAUGUGAUGAUGCAACAUAUGUUCAAUAUCAUGUGAUGAUGCAACAUAUGUUCAAUAUCAUGUGAUGAUGCAACAUAUGUUCAAUAUGAUGUGAUGAUGCAACAUAUCUUCAAUAUCAUGUGAUGAUGCAACAUAUGUUCAAUAUCAUGUGAUGAUGCAACAUAUGUUCAAUAUCAUGUGAUGAUGCAACAUAUGUUCUAUAUCAAGUGAUGAUGCAACAUAUGUUCAAUAUCAUGUGAUGAUGCAACAUAUGUUCAAUAUCAUGUGAUGAUGCAACAUAUGUUCAAUAUCAUGUGAUGAUGCAACAUAUGUUCCAUAUGAUGUGAUGAUGCAACAUAUGUUCAAUAUCAUGUGAUGAUGCAACAUAUGUUCUAUAUGAUGUGAUGAUGCAACAUAUGUUCUAUAUGAUGUGAUGAUGCAACAUAUGUUCAAUAUCAUGUGAUGAUGCAACAUAUGUUCUAUAUGAUGUGAUGAUGCAACAUAUGUUCAAUUUGAUGUGAUGAUGUAACAAUAAACAUGUCAACAUCUGCAA